UCACAAACCAACAAAACUAAAAUGGGUUCUUGCAUUAGCAAAUGCAAACCCAAGAAAUGUUACAUUGAAGAUUUCGGUCAUGUUCAAGACAAGAUUGUGAUCUCAUCAUCACAACCUCCCAAAACUCCCAUUCCUGCCGUCUCAAAGAAAAUCUCCCCAUUACCUCUUUCCCCCACCAUUUCAUCUUCUUCUUCAAUUUCUUCCUUUACUUGUUCCACCGUCAACACUGCAACUAGUUCGUGUUCUUCAGUUUCAAGCUCGGCUUCGGUGUUGAGCUCCAAGGAUCGGUCUUUUUCCAAUGAGUUUUUGUGGGCAUGUGUUAAGGAAAACCCUCAUAUUGUUCGUAUUAAUUCAAUCAAGGAAGCUUCUCGUACGUUAGCUGCAACUAGAUCUCCUUCUCACAUACCCGAGUACUCCCCGGUUAAACCAGCGCCAGGGAAACAGGCGAUCCCGGCGAGGGAGAAAGGCUCUACACCGCAGAAAAGAGGACGGUCAAGUUCACCGUCGACGUUAACGAGACAAAAGAGCUUUCGAAAGGACCCUGAUCUUAGGCUUAACUCUCCAUAUAAUAAUUAUUUACCAAGUAGGGGUUUGAGGUCGCCAUCACCAAGCAGGAGAUUUAACAGAGAUAAUAAUAAUAGUAGUAACUAUCGAGGAUUAUUGGCAAGUACGUCCAAGGAUAUGUGUUCAUCAAAGCGAAUUGUUGGUCCCAAGGUGAAUGCACUCAACUCAGUGUCUCCCUCUCAAAGAAGGGAAAAUUUGAGGGUUUCGAGUCCGACGCUGAACAGCUAUGAUCGAAAUAGUCCAUUGAAGUCUUGUUUGAGAAAUCGGGAGACUUUUGUUCAUCGAAUUAGUUCCAAAAUUGACGAAACUGCGCUGCGAGCAGCCUUCUCGUCACCGCAGCAAGAAAAUGAGUCCAUUAGCAUGGAGGACAUGGACAAUCCUCUUAUAUCCCUGGAUUGCUUCAUUUUUCUGUAGAUAAAUAUUUGGCAUGCAUGCAUACAGAACAUCUUUCAUGUUCAUUCAUACAUUUACUCGUAUUCUUUUUUGGUUUUGAUGUUGGUUCAUUGCUUUUUCGGUUUGUUUCUCCACAAACAAGGAUCAACAAGAUCAUAUCUAGAAUUGAUAUGUUGAAAUUUCUUGUUAUAUAAGAUGGAAGCGUGAAGAUUGUUUUUUUUAUCUGCUGGAAAUCCAAUAUCCACAAGGUCUUGUAUUAAAUUUGAAGUGGCAGAAAUUAAUAUGUUAUUGAAUUAAUAA